AGAUCGUUGAAAUUGAAAUUUUACGCAAAUUUUUAUGAGCUCUCCAUGACUUUCGUUUACUACCAUAAAUUGUUUGCUUAUUGCAAUUCAGUGUUUAACCAACAGUAAUAUAUAAAACAACGAAGUUCAGUAAUACCGCUUCCAUGAAGUUUAUCAGAGUGAUAUUUUCAAUCAGCUGCUUCUUAGCUUUAGUCAUAAGCAUGAACGACAUGGGAUCGCUGAGUUUUAAAUGCAUUUUCGAUCCAGAUAAAACUAUUAGCAAAAUAAUACCGGGUCAUCUUAUUAUACAGCAUGAAAAUGAAUAUGGAUAUAAUUAUAGAACAACAUUACAACCAGUAGACUGUUUCAUAAAUGUGGUGAAAAAUUCGAUUAUGAACAAGAGAGUGAACAAUAUAGUAGGAGAGCUAGAAAUACAGAAUUUGAGGAGAGUCGAAGACCCACUAAGAGGCAUAGAGUACAAUGAAUAUAUACAAGCACGGAAAGCAAAUGAAAUAGAGAACUUAAACGAGGGAGUAGGGCUACAAAAGAGAAAACUGAAACGCGUUAUUAACACAAAAGAUGGCGCUGAAAUAGAAAUAUAUUAUAGAUCCAUAGAUGAAGAUAAACAAUUUAAAAAUCGAAAGUUUAAGCAAAUAACGACAAUUGUUAGCUCGAAAAAAAUAACAGAUAUAAUACCAAGCGAAAAUAAAACAAUAAAAAACCUACAAAAUUUGCGAAAACCCACCGUUUAUCUGAGAUCUAUAUACGAGGACAAGUUAUUCAAAACAAAAAAUUACACAAAAAUAACGAAAAAGUUGAAAUCAAAGUACGUUAGUGGAAAAGUGGGCUUGGCCAAAAAUUCGAAAAGUUUAUUUAAAGACCUUUGCAAUAAUGAAAGUGUAGGCUGGGAAAGCUCAAACAGUAAAAGUUGUUUUAGUAAAAACUUGGUCAGUGAAAAUUACGAUCUUGAAAAGAGCAAUGGCAUUGCAACUAGCAAUGACAUAUCAGCUGUAGCUUUAAUUGAGUCUGAUAAAAAGCCGAGCACGGCAGUCUUGGAAGGAAAUGACAUCGUAAUUAAAAGCUCACAUGAAAAUAAUAUGUUGGAGCGCACGAGUCCAGUUUAUAGUGAGAUACCAACAACAUCUACUGAAAUUUCCGAUCAUAAAUCGAAGCAUGUGUUAUUUAAUAAAAUUAGCACCGAUAAUUUGUUGGAACAUAUUUUAUUUAAUCCAAGAUUUAUUUAUGCUUGAUAUUUAUUAUUUAUGCCUAAUACUUAUGAUAUUUACAUAUAAAAAUAAAAAGUUAAAAAAAAUAAAAACUCAUAAACAGUCGUUUAUGGAAGAGUAUUGGAAAAUUAUAAUAAACUAUCGGCUUAAAUUGUACCGUUC